GUAUAGAGCCCAAGUACAUUUUCUCCUCUUCGACCGUGUAUAUAAAUUAAAAUUAAAUCCCGGUCAAACUUUUCUUCGUAAUCAGAUUCAAUUUUAGGAAACCACAAUGGCAGCCAUUCUCUCUCGCAGACUGCUCAAACGCUCUCUAUCUUCUCCGCUUUCUCUAUCGAACCCUAAUUUUAACCACGUAAAUUCAUCUUUCUCACACCAGAAAUCCUUAAACAUUAGCUUCAAUAUCUCCAGUUUCAUCUCGACCUUUUCUAAUCCUGUCAAUCACCAUCAAAAACCCAUCUCCAAUUUGCCAUCUUUCACAAAAUCUAACUCUCUCUUCUCUGAUUUGGUUUCAUCUAAAAACCCUAGAUUUUUUUCAACCUCUGAUCCUGAGAAACCUCAAGAGAACCGGAGUGAGUACCCUAGUCAAAACCCUGAUUUCAAGCACCAAGAAAUCGAAGGCCCGACUGUUGAACGUGAUUUAUCAGCUCUAGCUAAUGAGACCAGACAAGUUCUUGAAGAAAUGAUGAGGAAAAUAUAUAGUCUAAGCAGAGUCGUUGCUGUUCUGGGUCUGUGUCAAUUAGGUUUAGGAGCUUGGAUUUCGUACGUUACACGAUCAUCACCGCUAAUGGAGCUUUCAAUACAGAGUUUUGUGGCUUUUGGGUUUCCAUUUACGUUGGCUUUUAUGUUGAGACGAUCUUUGAAGCCAAUGUAUUUCUUUAAGAAGAUGGAGGAGCAAGGCAGGUUGCAGAUUCUGACUUUAACUCUUCAGGUCGUUAAGAAUUUGAAUGUGUUCUUUACCCGGAUUCAGGGGGUUAGUUACUUGUGCAUUGCAGGAAUGUCUUUUGGAUUGGUGUUCAUUUUAUUAUCUAAUUGACUUCAAUUUGUUGUCUUGUUAGCUUUUUUGAAUCUCUUUGAGGAGUUGAAUAUGAUUGUGGAUGCCUCUUGGCUUUUACUUAAUAAACAAGCAGUUUUGCUUUUAGUAUGAAA